UGAUGUAAGUCAAGAGCCUAAGGUGCUAAUUUCUAUCUUAAUGAAUAUUUGCAUGGAAUUGACUCCCUUUUACUAAUUCUAAAAUUGGGAGCAUGGUUCUUAGCUAACCUCGGAAAGACUUUUUUAUGGUAAGCUUUGCAAAUCAUAUGAAUGAAUGUCUUUUUGCUACAUGAACAUUUCAUGCCUUUGAAUAUAUAGUGUGUCAGGUGGUGAUAAGUGUUAUGAAGGAAAAUAAAAAUAGGAGAGGAGUAGGGAAUGCCAAGUGCAAGGUGGGUGUGGGGAAAGAGGUUGUGUUGUUUUUAAGAAGGUGGCCAUUUAAAUGCAGAGCUUUUCUUUUUGAAGUAAUUUGAACUAUCAACACUACAGUAAGUCCUAAACCAUUGGGAGACUAAACAACCUGAACUAAAAUAACAUUGACCUUCAUGUUGAGCCAACAGGAGUGAUUUAGGUCAGAGUUUGAUGAUCUCUACAUCAAAUUACUUAAAAAAUUUACUAACAUUCCAAAGUCAAUGUUUGGAGAUUUUUAAUGAGCAGUCCACUGGGGAGUGGGGAGAAGAGCAAUCCACUAAGAUAUAUAUAUUUGAACUGAAAUAGUAUUUUAACUAUGUGCAGAAAACUUGGUUAUACCACAUGUGUGGAUUUUUGAAAGGCAGAAUUUUAAAAACUAUUUUAUUAAAAACAAUCAUGUCACCAAAUUACUAUUUUGAAUAUUUUCUACUUUAAUUGAUCUUAUGGGUGAAGUUCAGACAAAUUCUCAAAUAUCUCAUAUACCUCAAGGAAUACUUUGGAGAGUGCUUUAACUCAGUGUAGAUUCUUUUGGCUUUUCACUAUUUAACUCUUUUGGGCUUUUUCUUUCUAGUUUCAGUUUUUUAAAGUGCUUAUAAUUCAAGUUGAACAAACCAUUUUUGCAGACCACAUUCUCUGUCUUUCACAAUGAUGAUAACUGCCCUUAAUAUCCUUUUGGACCUGGAAACCAAUCUGUGUGAAAACAACAGAGUUUUCUUGAAGUAGAACCAAGAACAGAAGCUACCACUAGGCAGAAAACUUGGAUUCAUGUGACUAUGGAGAUGAUCUGUUGGACGCUGAAAAUGUCUCUAGUUCUUUGACAACGGCUAAAUAACCAUGGGGUCCAGCGGCCUUGGCAAAGCGGCCACAUUAGAUGAACUGCUGAGCACUUGCAUUGAGAUGUUUGAUGACAAUGGAGAGCUGAGUAAUAGUUACUUGCCAAGAAUAGUUCUACUGAUGCAUCGAUGGUAUUUGUCUUCCACUGAAUUGGCAGAAAAACUUCUCUGCAUGUAUCGAAAUGCUAGUGGAGAAAGCUGCCAUGAGUUCCGGUUAAAGGUCUGCUACUUCAUGAGGUACUGGAUUCUGAAGUUUCCUGCGGAGUUUAACUUGGACCUUGGUUUGAUUCAUAUGACUGAGGAGUUCCGGGAAGUAGCUAGUCAACUAGGAUAUGAAAAACACAUCAGCCUCAUCGACAUAUCCAGCAUCCCUUCCUAUGACUGGAUGAGAAGAGUCACACAGAGGAAGAAAGUGUCCAAGAAGGGAAAGGCCUGUCUGCUGUUUGACCAUCUGGAGCCCAUUGAAUUGGCUGAGCACCUCACUUUUCUGGAGCAUAAAUCUUUUAGAAGGAUUGCAUUCACUGAUUAUCAAAGCUAUGUCAUCCAUGGCUGCCUGGAGAAUAACCCAACCUUGGAGAGAUCUAUUGCUCUAUUUAAUGGAAUCUCUAAGUGGGUCCAGCUGAUGGUUCUUAGCAAACCAACCCCCCAGCAAAGGGCGGAAGUCAUCACAAAGUUUAUCAAUGUUGCCAAGAAGCUCCUUCAGCUCAAGAAUUUUAAUACCCUGAUGGCAGUGGUGGGAGGCCUGAGUCACAGUUCCAUUUCACGCCUCAAAGAGACCCAUUCUCAUCUUUCUUCAGAAGUCACAAAGAACUGGAAUGAAAUGACCGAGUUGGUCUCCUCCAAUGGCAAUUACUGCAACUACCGCAAGGCCUUUGCUGACUGUGACGGCUUCAAAAUCCCCAUCCUUGGUGUCCACUUGAAAGACUUGAUAGCCGUCCAUGUCAUUUUCCCAGACUGGAUGGAAGAGAAUAAAGUGAACAUUGUGAAAAUGCACCAGCUCUCUGUCACCCUGAGUGAACUGGUCUCCCUGCAGAAUGCCUCUCACCACUUAGAACCCAACAUGGAUUUGAUCAACCUGCUCACUCUCUCACUGGACCUCUAUCACACAGAAGAUGAUAUUUAUAAGCUGUCGCUGGUGCUGGAGCCUAGAAAUUCUAAAUCGCAGCCUACCUCUCCUACGACGCCCAACAAGCCUGUGGUGCCCCUGGAGUGGGCCUCAGGAGUGAUGCCAAAGCCAGAUCCCACAGUCAUCAACAAACACAUAAGGAAAUUGGUCGAGUCUGUGUUUAGAAACUAUGAUCACGACCAUGAUGGGUACAUCUCCCAAGAGGACUUUGAAAGUAUAGCUGCCAAUUUUCCCUUCCUUGACUCCUUCUGCGUGUUGGACAAAGACCAGGAUGGACUGAUUAGUAAAGAUGAGAUGAUGGCUUACUUCCUGAGAGCUAAAUCUCAACUACACUGUAAAAUGGGACCAGGAUUUGUCCAUAAUUUUCAGGAGAUGACCUAUCUCAAGCCAACCUUCUGCGAACACUGUGCAGGAUUUCUCUGGGGCAUAAUCAAGCAAGGAUACAAAUGCAAAGACUGUGGAGCCAAUUGUCACAAACAGUGCAAAGACCUCCUGGUUCUGGCCUGCAGGAGAUUGACUCGGGCACCUUCCUUGGGAAGCAGUCAUGGGUCACUGCCUGGAAGUCCCUCACUGCCACCAGUGCAGGAUGAGGUGUUUGAGUUUCCCGGAGUCACUGCUGGACACCGGGACCUGGACAGCAGAGCCAUCACACUGGUUACAGGCUCUUCUCGAAAGAUCUCCGUGAGAUUACAGCGGGCCACCACCAGCCAGGCCACCCAGACUGAACCAGUCUGGUCAGAGGCUGGCUGGGGGGACUCGGGGUCCCACACUUUCCCCAAAAUGAAAUCUAAGUUCCAUGACAAAACAGCAAAGGACAAAGGCUUUGCCAAGUGGGAAAAUGAGAAGCCCAGGGUACAAGCUGGUGUGGAUGUUAUAGACCGGGGCACGGAGUUCGAACCUGAUCAGGAUGAAGGUCAGAGUGAGACCAGACAGGAUGGUGAGGACGGCUGACUUCAAACUGCGGAAGCUGAAAGGCGAUCACUGCUGGUCUCAGGAAGGAACAAGAUGAGAAACUGAAGAACACUCCACUCAGGAAGUUGUCUGGAAAAAUAUUUGGGUGUUGCCUUGUAAUGUCAUGGGAACUCCAUGACUGACUAUGGGACAGAGGAUGUAUCCUAACUAUGAACUAUUUAUUUCCUCCUCCCCACUCCUAGUUAGGUGCCACAGAGACUGUUAGGAUUCGUAGUUUUCUCACCCAUCUUUCUCUCAAGCCAUUUCUGUAUGGGUGAAAUGAGAGCUCUUUUGCGUGAACUUGACACUCAUUCUCUGAACUCAGACUUGGCUUUUUUGUGACUAUUAUUUCACUAUUUUUAUACAUUUUGUGUGUGUGAAGGGGUUUUUAACAGAAGUUGAUUUAGAGGUUUUUUUGUGUGGUUUUUUGAUGGGACCAGGACUUAAUGUUUGUCUGCAGGAGAAGUAAGCACACCAGAUCCUGGCUGUCAGUGGUUCUUGCAAUGAUGAAAGCUUCAAGGAGAAGCCAUUUACACUGUUCCUGCCACAAAGCUGCCAAGAUGUGCAACAAGUCACACAUGUAUUUCACCUCAGUCUUACCAAUUCUGCACAGUGGAGCUAUACCAUAGCCCUGAGAGCAUUCCUAAUAUUUACAAUAGCCAUGAAAGAUGCUGGUGAAGUGGCUCAAAUGGUAAGAGCACCUGCAUGAGAAUAAGCAUGAAGCCCUGAGUUCAAAUUCUAGUGCUUCCAAAAAAAAAAAAAGAAAAAAUAUAUAAUAGCUAUGAAGGAAAUUAGCUAUACCUGUCCCAUCUGACUGGGUUCACCCAUCUUUCUUAAGAUUUCUCAAACAGGAAUAGAGAUUAAGAAAUCAAUUCAAGGGCUGGAGGUAUGGCUCAAGUGGUAGACUGCCUGCUUUGAUGUUUGUAGCUCUGAGUUCAAACCCCAGUUCUACCACCAAAAAAAAAAAAAAUCGAUCCAUACUGUGAUUGUACAAAUCUGGAAUGCCAGCACUUGGGAGGCUGAGAAUUGUGAGUUCAAGUCCAACCAGGGCUGCAUUGCAAGACUUCCAUCUCAAAAUAAAAUUCUAAUGGAUAAAAUUUAGCAUAAAAACUAUGGAGUCAUGAGGUAAAAUGCAAACAACCAUUUUUAAAAGCCCAAAGUAAUUUUAAGAAUUUUUUUUUUUUGGAUGGUACGGGGGUUUGAACUCAAGGCUUCCAUCCUUUUGAAGCAGGCGCUUGACCACUUGAACCACAUCUUCAGUCCAUUUUGCUGUGGUUAUUUUGGAGAUGGGGUAUCAUGAAGUAUUUGCCUGGGCUGGCCUCCCUAUCUCAGCCUCCCAAGUACUUAGGAUUAGAGGUGUGAGCCACUGGUGCCUGGAUAACAAUUUUAUUGGUUCUGAAUGAUAACUCUUGUACUCUUUUUUAAUAAAUUGCAUCUGUAAUUAAAGAACACUCAUAGAGCCAGGUAUGGUGGCUCAUGCCUAUGGUCCCAGCUAGUGGGAGACCUUAGGUAGGAGAACAGUCUGAGGCUGUCCCCAAGCAAAAAAAUGCAAGACCUAACCUGAAAAAUAACUAAAAAGCAAAAAAAAAAA